GUACAAGAACCUCAAAGUUAUACAUAAGACCAAUACUUGAGUAAAUGUACUUAGUUACAUUCCAUGACUGGUUAUUAGAUACAACCCCAGUUCUAAAAAGUAUACUGUGGAAAACAUUAAAAAACAGGAAAUUAUUACUUUUUUGCAUGCAAUCACUGGCCACUUUAUUAGGUACACCUGUCCAACUGCUCCUAAUUGCAAAUAUCUAAUCUACCAAUCAUACAGCAGCAACUCAAUGCAUUUCAAAUAAAACAGCAUAGUGUGCAGAUGGCUGCCUAAAUCAGCGGUUUGCUCCUUUAAAAAUACAGCAGAUAACAGCAUGAAAUGGUGAGAAUCCUGCAGCUGUGUCGUCCUCUCUCUCUGCUCACAUCCAGGACACACUUCACACACACUUUGCUGCAAAACAAGAGACUCAACAGUUGAUACAAAGUCGCCUUAACCAUGGCAGGUAAGCUGUAAACAUUAGACCCAAACAUUACUACUUUGGGGUUUAUUUUCCAUGUGAAUGUUUGUUUGUUCAGACCGGGUGUUGCUGUUGGCUGUUGGUGUGUCUGUGGCUCUGCUGCUGCUGCUGCUGCUGGGUCUCCUGUUCUAUCUGUGGAGGAGGGAGAAGAAGAAGAAGCAGAAAGGUCGGAGUCAGUACGAGGAGCUGCUCUCUACGGUUCCUUCAGUACCAGCGUCCUCCGCUCCAGUGAUCCUGGUGUCUCAGGGCUCCUGGGCCAUGCCCAGUGAGAUUCCUUUCACGUUGCCUCCUCGCUUUAUGCCACAAAAUCACGCUGAAUUGAAGAACGAGGAGGAGAGAGAAGAAGAAGAGGAGGUGAGGAUGGAGGCCCAGAGGGACAUACUGGCUCAUCGUGGGUCUCUCUCAGUCAGCAGGCUGUUCCCGGUGGGCACGGUGCUGGCCGGCCUCUACUCCGUCCCUCCUCUGAACGAGGUGGUGGCUCCUCCUCCCGGCAUGGCCACCCGUCUCUGCUUCUCUGUGGAGUACCGGCACAGCAGCGAGCAGCUCAUGGUGUCCCUGCUCCGCCUCGGGAACCUCCCGCCCCGCUUUCACGGCAACGUCACGCUGGUGGAGCUCCGGCUUCUCCCCGACGACCGGAGGCCCCGCCAGGCCAAGGCCCGGGGCACGGGGCCCGACCCCGAGUUCAACGACUGCUUCGUGUUCCAGGUGUCAGGUGUGUGUGUGCCUCAGAGCACCCUGAGUGUGUGUGUGCUGAGUGUGGAGCAGGACGGGAAACGGCACGCGGUGGGCCGGGUGCUGUUUCCUCUGGAGGGGGAGCUCGGGCAGGCCGGCAGGGUGCUGUGGAGGGACCUGGAGACAGAGGACGACACGCAGUGUUCGGAGCUGGGUGACGUGCAGAUUUCUCUCAGCUACAGUCCGUCUCUGCAGCGCCUCUCUGUGGUCGUUCCGAGGGCUCGAGGCCUGCAGCUGCUCACAGAUGCAGGCGUGUGUGUCCAGGUGAGCUUGCAGAUACACACUCAGGCGGUGAAGGUUAAACGCAGCUGUGUGGUGAAACGUGAAAUCGACCCGUGUUUCGACCACAGGAUGACCUUUAAACUGCGCUCGCAGCACCUGGACGAGGCCUGUCUGAGGUUUGAGCUGCAGCAGCCAAAUGCCGUCCGCUCAGAGCCUCCGGUCCUGCUGGGAGUGCUGGUGUUGGGGCCCUUCAUGUACGCCAGGGGCCCGCAGCUGCAGCACUGGAUGGACAUGGUGAACACGCCACAGGAGCCGGUCCAACUGUGGCACGCACUGGGCAGGGCCACUUAACACACA